AUUGAAGCCUAAAAAAAGCUUGUAUAUUUAUGGCCCCUUCCAUGAAACAGAAGGUCUCAACUCAGUCCUCCGCCUGUCUUGCAUAAAUGGCUCGGUCUCUUUCUCUUAUUUACAUGUGAAUAUGACAUGGCAAAAAAGAAGGUCUAGAUAGAGAGAGACUUUGAGAGAGACCUUAGAGAAAAAGGUAAGAGAGAUGCGUUUUUAAUUUUCUCAGGGUAGAGUGCUCUUCAAAGACCAGCCUUUCCUGCAAUACACAGUUGCCAAAUAAGUAACAGUUUGCUUUUUAUUUUGUUCCCUUGGUUAUUUCAGCUGUCACUUUCUUGAGGUAUACAUGUUUGUUGAUCUUCUUCUUUUCCUUUUUUUGUAAUAAAAACUUAAAUUUUGAUUUUAAAUUGUUAGAGAUGACAUUGACAGUGAAACAAGUCUGCUUUUUGUCUGCUUCUUUCAUCAGUUACUUUACCACCAGUACUUACCUACAUUCCUCAUUUUUGUCUUCAAUUUAGAUGUGCUAGCAGUUUUUCCCUGGCUUUUUUAAAGCUCUUUUUCAUUGACUGCUUCUUUCAGAAAUGCAUCAAACUAGACUGUACCCGGAUCAAAAUCAAGUCUUGAUUAGCUGUUUUUGAAGCAUUUCUUAUCUGCAAAAUUUGGGAGCAAGUGUUUGUGAAAAGUCUUAGAGAGAGUUUUGGAGUAGAAACUUCAGUUCUUUAGUGUCAAAAUGAGAGAUUUCCCAUCUUGUUUUGGUGAAAAUGGGGUUCAAGUGGCUGAUUCUUCGUCUUCAAAUACUAGUAAAAAUGCACAGAAUUUGGUUACUUGUGUGUAUCAAUGUCGAAUUCGAGGCCGGUCUUGCUUGAUUACUAUUACAUGGAGUAAGAAUUUGAUGGGUCAAGGUCUAAGUGUAGGGAUUGAUGAUUCUGCAAAUCAUUGUUUAUGUAAGGUUGAUAUUAAACCGUGGUUGUUCUCAAAAAGAAAAGGGUCUAAGAGUUUAGAGGCAUAUUCUUGUAAAAUUGAUAUAUAUUGGGACCUUUCAUCAGCUAAAUUUGGAUCUGGGCCUGAACCAUCAGAGGGAUUUUAUGUUGCUGUUGUUGUGGAUAGGCAAAUGGCUCUCCUUCUUGGGGAUAUGAGAAAAGAAGCUUUCAAGAAAACUGGUGCCACUCCUAUUCCUUCCAAUACUGUUUUUGUUGCAAAAAGAGAGCAUGUUUUUGGCAAGAAAGCGUUCCGUACCAAGGCUCAGUUUUGUGACAAUGGUCAAAUUCAUGAUCUCGUGAUUGAAUGUGACACGAUUGGUGUCAGUGACCCAUGUCUUUUGCUUCGUGUGGACUGUAAGACAGUGAUGCAGGUGAAACAACUCCGGUGGAAGUUCCGGGGGAACCAUACCAUAUUGGUUGAUGGGCUAGCAGUUGAAUUGUUUUGGGAUGUACAUAAUUGGCUCUUUGGUACAUCAGUUGGAAAUGCUGUUUUUAUGUUCAAGACUUGCUCCUCAGCUGAGAAGUUGUGGGCUAGCCAACCGCUUUCAGAUCCAAAUGUGUUGCCACGGUCCUUCUCCCAGAGAUUUCUGGAUUCCAGAUCACAAAAUCUUGGUUUUUCAUUGAUUUUGUAUGCUUGGAAGCAUGAAUAGAGGGACUCAGAAAUUAUUAUUUGAGAGCUAACAAAAACAUUAGUGAGUUGUGAAUUUUAUUAAUUAUGUCGGUUACACUUAGUUUUAUUAAACGAGAUCCAUUUGUUUACUUCACCUGUUUUUUCCAGUUGAAAACUUUAGCAAUUGAAUGGAUCACAUAAAAUUUUGUGUUUUA